AUGAUUUUUGAUCCAGGUGCCAUAGACCUACCCUCCUCCUACGAAAAGGUCCCUACGACCGGCCAGGUCGCGGUGUCCCAUCACCCGGCUAGUUCCCCGACAGUAACGCCUGUGAUCGUCGUGACGCUGAAUAGACCAGCUAAAAACAAUGCGUUCACAUCACAAAUGGUCCAAGACUUUGAAAAGUUCUUCCCCAUGUUCGAUGUCGACGAACGCGUCAAGGUCGUCGUCCUGACCGGUGCGGGGAAGAUCUUCUGUGCAGGUGCAGACCUGGAUAUCGGAUUCCGUAGCAAUCCAGAGAGACCGGCGGACCACCGUGAUGGGGGCGGACGCGUCGUGCUCGCCAUCCACCGCUGCCGUAAACCGACCAUCGCAGCCAUGCAGGGCUCGGCAGUUGGAGUUGGGAUGACUAUGACUCUACCGGCCGUUAUUCGGGUCGCCUACGAAAAGGGUAAAUAUGGCUUCGUCUUCGGACGGCGUGGGAUUGUCAUGGAAUCCUGCUCGUCAUAUUUCCUACCACGUCUUAUCGGCUUCUCCAAUGCCAGUUAUCUCGUCAGUACGGGUGGCGUAUUCCCACCUACCUCCAAGCACUUCGGUGACUUGUUCAACGAGAUCCUGCCCGACCCGUCUCGUGUUCUCCCUCGUGCCCUUGAACUGGCCACGGAGAUUGCCGAGAACGUGAGCCCUACCUCUCAAUAUCUCAACCGAGCCCUUAUGUGGCGUAACCCUGGCACCGUGGAAGAGGCGCAUCUGCUGGAGUCGAAUGUUAUUUGCCAGAUGUUUGGAGCACAGGACCAAAAGGAAGGCGUCCAGGCGUUCUUCGAGAAGCGCAAGCCCAACUUCCGUGCUAAUCUUGACGAUAACCCCCCGCUCAACGUACCCUGGUGGACCGAGGUUGACACUGGCCGUAAUCCCAAGGCGAAAACUCCUGCUAAACUGUAG